CUCCAUAGCCAUUUCAACAAAAAGCUUCAAGCUUUUCCUUUUCUUGUUCGGGAUUUUCGAUUAGGGUUCUUAACAAUGCUACUUAAGAGCUCGUCAAAUCCCGCACUCAAUUCAUGGUUUCAACAACAAUCCCUCAUAGGAAUCUCAUCACCGGAACCCGAUUUUAUCCACCGGAACUUGAGAUCACCGACGAUUUCGUUGUAUUCAUCGAGUUCGCUAAAUGAAUUGCCUAAGAAGAUCAUCAGGGCCUCAUCAGAGAGUGAUUUGAUCGGUCUUUCUAAACCCAAACGUAGGAAUUCACUCAAUAGUUCGAAUUGUUUGAUUUCUUCUAUGGUUGUGGAAGAGGAUGUGGAAGCGGAAGACAGCGAAACCAGGGGUUUGUUAUUUUCGAGUUCUGGAUUAGAUGGUGAUGAGGGAUGUAGAGUACAAGCUAUGGUAGAUGGUAGCGGCGGAGGCGACGGUGGUCGGAAGAUCUGCGGUGGCGGUGGUGGGAAUGGGGAUUAUUACGGGAGUGAUGGUACAGAUUUGUAUUAUCAGAAUAUGAUCGAAUCGAACCCUGCUAACUCGUUGAUUCUUGCCAAUUACGCCAAAUACUUGAAAGAGAUUCGAGGUGAUUUUGUGAAAGCGGAAGAAUUCUGCAGCAGAGCGAUACUGGCAAACCCUAGCGAUGGCAAUGCUUUAUCGAUGUAUGCUGAUUUGAUUUGGGAAACUCAAAGGGAUUCAUCUCGUGCACAGAGUUACUUCGAUCAAGCAGUUAAAGCUGCUCCAGAUGACUGUUAUGUUAUGGCUUCUUAUGCUCGGUUUCUUUGGGAUGCCGAUGAACAAGAAGAUGACGAAGAACGUGAAGCUGUUUCCGAGAUGAACGUAGCAGCAUCACCAGGUUUCUUUCAAGAAGCUUCACAAUUCCCAAUUGCUGCAGCUUCAUAGGGAUGAAUCUUGUUUUUUAUUAACAUAGAUAUUAUAUAGUAACUUUCUGACCCAUCUUCUUUUUGUUGUUUAUUCUACUUCUAUGAUCAUAUAUUUCGAGAUGAUAGCAUUCUGUUGAUAAGUUAUAGUGUUAUUAUGAUCAGAUUCAGUCAUUUUUUGUAAUUAUUAUGUGACGAAGGUAAUAAAUAAAUGCUAUGCUUUGUUAUUACU